UGUAUCAUCCGAGUAGAGCUACAAGCAGGCAUUGGUAAAUGCUUCAGAAGCUAUCAGUAAAGAGCAAACGGGUAUCAUCCAGAGGAACAGAGCAGAAAACCGGUCAUAAUGGUGCAUAAACAUUUCGUGGCUGGCUACGAUGCAUUCGUUGCAUUCAUGAAAGACUUCAACGGAAACGGAGGCGCGAUCAAUAUUCUUUUCACCGGUGCCAAACUCGAAAACGGCCAGAGCUGGUGUGGGGAUUGUGUCGAAGCGGCCCCAUUCAUCGAUACCGCUGUCAACACGGUAGCCCCAGAGGAUUCGCAUUUCGUUUACGUCGAUGUAGGCGAUCGACCAACAUGGAAAGAUAUGAACAACCCCUUCCGUAAGGACCCCAAUACACAUCUUUCGGUCAUACCGACGAUGAUACGAUGGAAGAAUCCCCAGCGUCUCGAAGGCGAACAAUGCGCGAAAGCUGACCUGCUGGAGCUAUUUUUUUCGGAAGAUGAUUAAAAGCACCUUGUGUCGUAUGAAUAUGAUGUUUACCGGUACAUGUACAUCCUUUAUACUACAUUGUUCAUAAUAAAAUCCCUUUCUUUUAGGUCC